AACCCAGAACAAGCGCCACGUGAUGAACGUUGAAGUGUUGAACUCUACAGCGUUAUACUUCCCCGCGCCUAAAUAACGCAAUAAACUCUUUUGAUAAUUUCAGAAAUUAUAAAUUUGUCCGAAAGACAAAAAGAUACAUUUGUGCUUCCGACGCCAUGGGAAGUUCAGAAGAAAUCCUACAGGAGCUUCUCAAUGUCGAGGUCGAACUUCACGAUGUGCAAGAGCAGUUGAAGGAAUUGCUAGACCGACAGGAUGAGUUAUAUCAAAGGCAAUCUGAACUGAAAGCGUUGUUGGAAAGCUGUGAAUCAUCAUCAAGAAGAAGCCCUGGGAAGAUUGACGGAUCGUCCGAUUGCACUGAGAAUUGGUCAGGGACAUUUGAAUGGGACUCUCAAGCUGAUGAUAUUAGGUUCAAUGUUUUCGGAAUUCCUACCUAUCGUGCAAAUCAGCGAGAGAUAAUAAAUGCAGUCAUGACUGGAAGAGAUGUUCUUGUGAUUAUGGCGGCUGGCGGAGGCAAGAGUCUUUGUUAUCAACUUCCUGCUGUUCUUAAAAAUGGGGUUGCUCUGGUUGUCAGCCCUUUGCUUUCUCUUAUUCAAGAUCAGGUAAUGGGCUUGGCUGCUUUGGGCAUCCCAGCAUUCAUGUUGACGUCAACCACCGGUAAGGAAGAUGAAAAGUUCAUAUACAAGGCUCUUGAAAAGGGUGAUGGAGAGCUUAAAAUACUAUAUGUUACACCAGAGAAGAUAUCGAAGAGCAAAAGAUUCAUGUCAAAACUUGAAAAGUGUCAUCAUGCUGGUCGGCUGUCUCUAAUUUCUAUUGAUGAAGCACAUUGUUGUAGUCAAUGGGGCCAUGAUUUUCGUCCAGACUACAAGAAUCUUGGCAUCUUAAAGACUCAGUUUCCAGAUGUUCCUGUUAUUGCUCUGACCGCUACAGCAACAAAAAAAGUGCAAGAAGAUCUAAUGGAGAUGCUACAUGUUUCAAAAUGUGUUAAGUUUGUCAGCACAGUGAACAGGCCUAAUCUUUUUUAUACGGUAAGAGAAAAAUCAUCUGUUGGGAAGGUAGUCAUUGAUGAAAUUGCUGCAUAUAUACAAGCAUCUUAUCCAAAUAAUGAGUCUGGCAUAGUUUAUUGCUUCUCCAGAAAGGAGUGUGAACAGGUUGCAAAAGAAUUGCGUGAGAAGGGAAUAUCAGCUGACUAUUAUCAUGCUGAUAUGGAUGUACAUGCUCGUGAGAAAGUUCAUUUACGGUGGAGCAAUGGCAAGUUGCAGGUUAUUGUUGGAACAGUGGCUUUUGGUAUGGGAAUCAACAAACCAGAUGUCAGGUUUGUCAUUCAUCACAGUUUAAGCAAAUCAAUGGAGACAUACUAUCAGGAAAGCGGGCGGGCUGGAAGAGAUGGCCUUCCUUCAGAAUGUGUUCUGUACUUUAGACCUGGUGAUGUUCCUAGGCAGAGCUCAAUGGUCUUCUAUGAGAAUGCUGGAUUGCAAAAUCUCUACGACAUAGUGCGAUACUGUCUGUCGAAAAGAGAAUGCCGCCGAGGUGCUUUUUUCCGACAUUUUGCCGAGCCUCUACGAGAUUGUAAUGGGAUGUGUGACAACUGUGCUUUUGCAAGUGAUGUGAAGGAAUUGGAUGUAUCUGCUUAUGCAAAAAUGAUAGUAUCACUACUGCAAGAUUUACAAGAGAAUGAUCAAAGAGUUACGAUGCUGCAACUGGCGGACAAACUGAAGGUUAAGCAGAAAGGAGUAGAUCCUGAGCUAAAGAGAGAUGAAUUGGAGCAACUUGUCAUUCAGCUUAUACUGGAACGCGUUUUGAAAGAGGAAUUCCAGCAUACUGCUUAUGCUACAAAUGCUUAUGUCACUAUUGGACCCUUGUCAAAGUAUGUGUUACAUGGGAAAAAAAUUAUUAAGCUUGAAGUUUCCAGUGGACAGAAAGGUAACUCAAGCAUUUUGAAACAAUCAAAACGCACUAAAUCAGGCGAUUUGGAGUUCAAGCUUGACAAGCUACGAAAAGAACUGGCUUCCAUUAAUGGGGGGAUAUUCCCCCACUCUGUGUUGUCUACCCAACAAAUUAGCAUGCUGAGUGUCCAGCAGCCAAAAUCAGUUGAACAGUUGGAGAAGGUGAUUGGAAAGCUAAAGACACAGAAAUAUGGUGUCCGGAUUCUCGAAGAAAUUGAAAAUUUUGAAUCCAAUAACCAAUCUAACAACAUUUUAGAGAGUCAAAUAAGUAGAGCUUCUAAGAAAAUGAAAUCCACGAAGACACCUGUUAUCAUAGAGAGUAGUGGAGAUGAAGCAUGACCAAGUUCUUGUCUCACAGAUGAGGUUGGAGUCCCACACCAGUUUAAAAUUUUUGCAGUUCUCUGUCUGUUUCAAAGUGUACAAUUAGGAGUAGCAUAAUUAAAAUUUUUCACUGAGCUGGCAUUCUGCGCUGUUCGCGUAUACAACACAUUUACCUAUUUUCUUUUCUUGUAGGAGCCAUGUAUUUUGUCUGUGCAAUCACGGGGGAAAAACAGUUGAUUCGGACUGUUGGAGGGGGUUUAAGCUUUUGAGUUUUGAGUUUGGUUUGAUUGGUUAUCAUUGCUCUAUAGGAUCUCUCAUCAGAAAAGGUUGAUUUAGUAAUUAGCUAAAUAAUUUACCGUGUACACAAGGUGAAUGGCUUUUGUCUAUAUUUGUUUUGGUAAGUUUGCUACUAGAACCAUAAUGGGCUAGGUUAAUUUUUCUUAUCGUGGAUGCUUAAUAUCUCCAAGAUCUAGCUUAACUAGUAGGAACAUUAGUUAAGCGGCUGUGAGGUCCUCAUUUGACUAUCAAGUACUUUAUUUUUUUCCCUU